AAGAAAUUUGUCGAAAAUGAUUUGAUCUCAAAUGAUUGAUUAAUCUCAUCUCAUCCCUCUCCUUCCCUCACCAAUUAUUGCUUUAACACUGGCAUUUCCAGAAAUUGUUUCUUCUUCCCUUCAUAUCACCAUCACCCUUAGCUGCUGGCGUAAUCAAUGAUUUCAUUUCAUGGAAACUUAUGUUGGCAGCAUAUAUGGUUAUGCAUCAUCCACACUUUACCUUUGGCCUUAUCCAAUUCCCACAGGACAAAAGUUUGGAUUUUGUGAAGAGAUCAAGAAGAAUUAGAAUUUGUCUUUCAACUCCAAAAACUCUGUUAUAUAUCUUGUCAGUGGAGUGAAGAAAUUAAGCUCACUCUGUUUACGGGUUUUCUUCCACUUACAAAUUUCAAACCAUGGAGAAUCUCUACAACUACUGCUUAAUCUUCUUUUGCUGUUUGCUCUUUCUCCUUUACAAACUUUCAAUCUCUAAUAAGAAAUUCAAGAACUUACCACCUAGCCCAAAUGGUCUUCCAAUUAUAGGCCAUCUUCACCUCAUCAAGAAAGAACUCUAUGAAGAUUUAGCUUCAUUAUCGUCUAAAUACGGUCCUGUUUUCUCUCUGAAAUUCGGUUGUCGUUCGUUCGUCGUCGUCUCUUCUCCAUCUGCCAUUGAGGAUUGCUUCGCAAAGAAUGAUAUCAUACUCGCAAACCGUCCUCGAAUCAUGGCUGCUGACAGGUUUUCUUACAACUAUGUAACCAUUGGAGUUGCCCCUUAUGGGCAUCUAUGGCGGGUUCUUCGUCGUUUAGCUGUUGUUGAAUCUCUAUCAAAUCACAGCCUCCAGAAAUCAUCUGCUAUCAGGGAGGAAGAAAUUCAAAUGAUUCUCCGUUCCAUCUUCCGGGUUUCACAGAAUGGAACCCAGAAAGUUGAUUUGAAUUAUUGGAUUUCAGUUUAUACACUGAACAUUGUCACCAGGAUGGCUACUGGUAGAUGCUCAAUUAAAGAGCAGGAUGUUGGGAAUGAAUUGGGAAAGACAAGAAUUGAAGAAUCUAAGAAAAUGUUUGGUUCAGGUAUCACACUGACCAUGUGCGACUUUUUCCCAAUUUUAAGGUGGAUUGGUUUUAAAGGAAUGGAGAAAGGGAUGAUUUCUUUGCACAAGAACAGAGAUGCUUUCUUGCAGAGUUUAGUAGAUGAAGUUCGACAAGAGAAAAAAUCUGGGUUUUCUGGGAUGCACAAGGAGGAGAAGGAAGCGUUGCUUAAAACACUCCUUUCUCACCAGGAAGCAGAGCCUGAUUUCCUCUCAGAUGAUAUAAUCAAGAGUAUAAUUUUGAUAAUGUUUACGGCAGGAAGAGAAACUUCAAUCCUGACAAUCGAAUGGGCUUUGUCACUCUUACUGAGUCAUCCAAAGGAAAUGCAGAAACUCAGGACUGAAAUUGACAACGUUGUAGGACACGAACGAUUCCUAGAAGAAUCAGAUCUUCCAAAGCUUCCAUAUCUCCGUUGUGUAAUCAAUGAGACGAUGAGACUAUAUCCUGCAGCACCCCUGCUGCUUCCUCAUUAUGCAUCUCAAGAUUGUAAAAUUCAGGGAUAUGAUAUUCCAGAAGGCACAAUAGUUUUAGCCAAUGCUUGGGGUGUGCAUAGGGAUCCCAAACUGUGGGAAGAACCCGAAAAGUUUACGCCGGAGAGAUUUGAGGCUAAGAUCUUGGGAGAAAAAGAUGAGAUCAAUUUCAAGUUUCUACCGUUCGGGAUUGGGAGGAGAGCUUGCCCAGGAGCCAACUUGGGGAUCCGGAAUGUUUCUUUGGCAGUGGGUGCAUUGGUUCAGUGUUUUUACUUGGCAAAAGUUGCAGAUGAAGAUGAGGAUAUGGAGGCUAGCUUUAAGAAUCGAAUAACUCUGCUCAAGGCUAAACCCUUGGAAGCAAUGAGUUCUCCACGCCCAGAAUUAAUACAGCUUCUCUCCCAAUCUCGGUGAAAGCAAACCUAAUUGAAUCAAGCACAUCGCAGAGGCUACCACGAAGAAUCUAAUUCGAUCCCUUAACUGAAUCCAAUGAACACGCAGAUAGUGCUUCAUUAAUCAGACAAAUGGAGAACUCUGCCGUAAUGGAAGUCGGAGAUGGUCUAGACAGCUACUUCAGAAACUCUUAAAUGGCAGGUUUUGUCAUUGUUUUUUCUGUCCCUGAAAUCUUCAGCUUUGAUACAGAAAUAAUUUUGAUAUCACUCAAUAAAUUAUAAGAAAUUAAGGUUUUAUUGGGACAUCAUGCUAAUUCAAUAGACCUGGCUGAUUCAUUAGGAAUAAUUGUUGGCCAAAAUAAAGAAAUGUUUUUUGUUUAACUUGACAUAAAGAUACCACUCAAAUUUUUAUUUUAUUUUAUUUUAGUUUUGAAGAAGAUACCUAUUUGAUUAGAGUAAACUACCUAAGUUAAUACAUUUCAUACAAUUAUAGGUUAAAUUAUGUAUUUCUAUUACAUCUAGUCUGGUCACUUUAGUCAAUCUGCAAAAAGCAAAGGAAGAAAUUAAAGUUUGCAAUAGUAAAAGGACUUCUCGCGAUUCCGAUGGCAUCAAAUGAGAUUCAAGAUCACAUAACAGGACCUCACAAUCCGGAAACACCUGGACUCGAGUAAGACCAAGAUUUGCCGCUUCCUGCAAAGCCUGUAGACAUGUUGUGGCUUCUGUUUGUAGUGAUGUAAGAGCGUUGAUGCUCACUGUUUUAACUUGCAUGACCAUCCCAUGGGGAGAUAAAAUUUUCCAAGCUUCAGUAGCUUUCCGUGUUUGAUGGCUAUAAGAACCAUAAAAAAUAACCAAAGCAGGGUUAGCAAGUCUAUGUAUUUUCUCCUGCAUCUGUUGUCUUGUAGAGCUGUGAUGUGGCUGACAUUGGUGGUUGUUUGUGCCGAAAAAAUCACCCUAAACCGUAAGAAAGAAAGG